CUUCCUGCUCACAUAACUCCCCUCCACCAGAAAACCCUAAUAACAAGAUUCCAUAUGUCAGCCCCCAAACCCCCUUGUUUUCAAUCUCAGGCAUCUUUCUCAUUGUCUCCACAAUCCCCAAAAACCCCCCACCUCCUCCUCAAUUUCCCCCUAAAAAAACCAUCUUCCAAAAUCCUCUGUUCCCAACCACCCACAACCUUAAUAACUUCAAUCCUGAAAUCGAUCCCAGAUUGGGCAGACAGCAUCAAAGAACGUCGUAUGAAACAAACCCGCCCUCUUUACAAACACCAAGACUGGGUUCGACACCGUAGCUCUUACAGACACCUUCGCCAUAUGUUGUCCAGUCUUAAUUCCAGGGUCAUUUUGUCGUUAGUCCCCCCCGUGAUCGCUUUUACGUCUUUUGCUGCCGUUGUAGCUACUUAUAACACUGCAGUCUUGUGGCACUUGUUGCCUGAGUUUCUUCCGGUUCUGAGGGCUUCGUCUUUGCCUUAUCAGUUGACUGCCCCCGCCUUGGCGCUGUUGUUGGUUUUUAGAACGGAAGCUUCGUAUUCGAGGUUCGAACAAGGGAGGAAGGCUUGGAGUAAGGUUAUUUCGGGUACUAAUGAUUUUGCUAGACAGGUUAUUGCUAGUGUUGAUGAUGAUUUGUGUUUGAAGACUUCCCUUUUGCAGUAUAUCGUGGCCUUUCCUGUUGCUCUUAAGUGCCAUUUGAUUUACGAAUCUGAUAUAGGAAGAGAUCUUGAGCAUCUGCUUGAGGAUGAUGAUCUAGCAAUAGUUCUCAGUUCAAAUCAUCGUCCACGCUGCAUCAUUCAGUUCAUCUCUCAAAGCAUGAAGCUGCUUAAUUUGGAGGAACCAAAGCGGACUGUAUUGGAAUCAAAAGUUACUUGUUUCCAUGAAGGUAUUGGUGUUUGUGAACAAAUCAUGGGCAUACCUAUCCCUCUUUCGUACACUCGUUUGACCUCAAGAUUUCUUGUGCUAUGGCAUCUUACCCUUCCCAUCAUACUCUGGGAUGAUUGUAACUGGAUUGUGGUUCCUGCUACAUUUGUUAGUGCGGCUUCUCUAUUCUGCAUUGAAGAGGUGGGAGUUCUCAUUGAAGAGCCCUUUCAGAUGCUUGCUCUGGAUGAGCUUUGCAUACGAACUUGUGACCAUGUACAAGAGGCAAUGAAAAGCGAGAAUAAGAUACGAGAAACUUUAAUACUGAAGAAAGAGGCUAAAUCCAGGAACCUGUCACCAAAUGGGCACCCAACAUCUGGAUACGAACAUAAUACUCCACCUAACAGUUCUAACUCACGAUAGGUGUUCACAAGCCUAUGUUGGUUGCUUCACUUGCAUCCGCUCAUUGAGACCCAAAAUCACAUUUUCAUUUUUUCACUGCAAAAAAAAUGACCAAAACGAAUGGCACCGCACAUUUUGUAUCCUGGCCAGGCCUGUUGUAGCUAUAGAUUUGUUAGGUUAUAUAAAUGUGUAGCAUAUUUGUUUAAUAAAAUUUGGAGGUUGUUGAAAAA